CUUGCCUCUCGCCGUCUGUAUAUAGUACCUUCAUCUGCUGGCAAUAUCCUCCGUUCUCCCUGUUUAGUCGCCCAGACACGUCUGCACUCGACCACCAUGACCACGCCGGUCGCAUCCACCUCUCAGCCCGCGCAGCUCUCGGCGCUGAACGCACCUCACCAGGAGGGAAACAAGAAGAAGGAGAAGAAGGGGAAGGAGGCUACGUCCGCACACCCGCUAGAAAUCACCCCGCGUCCCGAGUUCUUCGAUCACCGACUCAAGAUCUUUGAAAAGUUGAAGGCGGAGCAGGAUGAGUGGGUGAAAAACCAACCGCGCCAGGAGAUCUCGAUCACUCUCCCCGAUGGCUCACAGCGGAAAGGAACCAGUUGGGAGACAAGUCCAAUGGACGUAGCGAAGCAGAUCUCGCAGAGCCUUGCGGACCGGGUGGUUAUUGCCAAGGUCGACGGCAACCUAUGGGAUUUGGAGCGUCCGCUAGAAGGCUCGUGCUCUGUGGAACUGCUUGACUUUGAGCACCCCGAAGGUAAACGUGUGUUCUGGCACUCAUCUGCCCAUGUCCUCGGCGAGGCUUCCGAACGUCACUACGGCUGCCAUCUUUGCAUCGGGCCCCCUACGGAUGAUGGCUUCUACUACGAAAUGGCCAUUGAGGACAGGCCAGUGGUGAACAGCGACUACCCCGCUAUCGAGAAGGUCGCAGACCUGGCGAUCAAGGAGAAGCAGAAGUUCGAGCGUCUCGUGGUCCCGAAGGAGACUCUCCUAGAGAUGUUCGCGUACAACAAAUACAAGAAACACAUCAUCGAAAGCAAGAUCCCCGAUGGCACCUCCACGACAGUUUACCGCUGCGGGCCUAUGGUGGACCUUUGCCUCGGCCCCCAUAUCCCUCACACUGGCCGCAUCAAGGCAUUCAUGGUCACCAAGAACUCUGCAUCGUACUUCCUGGGAGACGCCAACAAUGACUCGCUCCAGCGUGUCUAUGGAAUCUCAUUCCCCGACAAGAAGCAGCUGACCGAGUACAAGAAGUUCCUCGAGGAGGCUGCGAAGCGCGACCACCGAAAGAUCGGCAAAGAGCAGGAGCUGUUCUUCUUCAACGACCUUAGUCCUGGAAGUUGCUUCUUCCUCCCGCACGGUACCCGUAUCUACAACACCCUCAUCGAGCUUAUGCGGUCGGAGUACUUCAAGCGCGGAUACCAAGAAGUCAUUUCGCCGAAUAUGUACCACAGCAAGCUGUGGGAGACGUCGGGACAUUGGCAGAACUAUAAGGAUGACAUGUUCGCGCUCGACAUCGAGAAGGAGAAGUGGGCGUUGAAGCCGAUGAACUGCCCUGGCCACUGCCUCAUCUUCGACUCGCGCGACCGCAGCUACAAGGAGCUUCCCAUUCGCAUGGCUGAGUUCGGUAUCAUCCACCGUAACGAGGCGUCGGGCGCACUUACGGGCCUGACCCGUGUGCGCCGUUUCGUGCAGGACGACACGCAUGUGUUCUGCAUGCCCCAGCAGAUCGAGGAUGAGAUCGCCGCUCUGUUCGACUUCAUGCAGCACAUCUACGGCCUCUUCGGCUUUGAGUUCCACCUGGAGCUCUCCACUCGCCCUGACAACUACCUCGGUAGUAUCGAGACGUGGAACGCCGCCGAGGAGCAACUGAAAGGCGCGCUUGAGAAGUUCUACCCGGGCAAGUGGGAGAUCAACCCCGGCGACGGCGCGUUUUAUGGACCCAAGAUCGACAUCACCAUCCGCGACGCGCUCAAGCGCGCGUAUCAGUGCGCGACCAUCCAGCUCGACUUCCAGCUGCCCGAGCGCUUCAACCUCAAGUACCGCAGCGCGGACGAGGCCGCCGACGCUGGCAAGCCCCCGCCGCGCCCGGUCAUCAUCCAUCGCGCCAUCCUGGGCAGCAUGGAGCGCUUUAUUGCGAUCAUCACCGAGCACUUCGCGGGCAAGUGGCCGUUCUGGAUCUCGCCGCGCCAGGUGCUCGUCAUCCCCGUUGCGAUUCCCUACAGGGAGUACGCUACCGAGGUUGCAGAGAAGCUGAGCGCAGCCGGGCUGUAUGUGGACGUCGACAACGGCGAGAACACGCUCCCGAAGAAGGUCCGCAACGGCGAGAUCGCGCAGUACAACUUCAUCCUCGUCGUUGGCCAGGACGAGCUCGACACUCGCUCUGUUAACGUGCGCAACCGCGACGACGUUGGCACGAAGGCGCGCACGGAGACGCUCCCGCUGGACGUCAUCACGGAGAAGCUGCUCGCGCUGAAGACCAAGAGGAGCCUUCACAACAAGCUCGAGUAGAUAUAGAUGUCUGCAAUGCAAUGCAUGAGGUUGUCUUCACAGCGUGUACUUAGCGUCUCGAGUUCUGGGUUUGCACAUCGCAAUCGAGCAGAUUAAGC